AUGCGCUGGACGACGAGCUAUGCCCUGCUUGCGGCUGGGUUAACCCACGCACAAACCCAAUAUCUCGUCAACGAGCUCAGCUUCGGCCACAGCCACAGGAUAAGCCCCGAGGGGACACAGUCGAUACCGAACUUCUCCCUCCAAGGCCGGCCCAAUGUGCCCGAAUUGCUCUCGGACAAGGUCAUCCUCACUCCCGUAGCGCCGGGGAACCAGCGCGGUGCCGUCUGGGCCGACAAGUCGCUGCAGAACCAAAACUGGAUCGCCGACGUCGAGUUCCGGGCUAAUGGCCCGGAGCGGGCCGGGGGCAACAUCAAUAUUUGGCUGGUGAGGGACGGCGCGCACGUUGUCGGGUCCGAUAGCGUUUACUCGGCGGGGAAGUUCGAGGGGUUGGGCCUGGUGAUCGACCAGCACAGCGGGUCGGGCGGCAUGCUGCGCGGCUUCCUCAACGACGGCACGACCGAUUACAAGAACAACCACAACGUGGAUAGCCUGGCCUUUGCCCAGUGCAGCUUCACCUACCGCAACCUGGGCCGCCCGACCCAGAUCAAGUUGCGGCACACCGAGGACAAGUUCAGCGUCGAGGUGGCCGGCCGGCACUGCUUCCAGAGCGACAAGAUCCGCAUCCCGAGCGGCUACAACUUUGGCAUCACGGCCGCCUCCGCCGACAACCCGGACUCGUUCGAGGUCUUCAAGCUGGCGGUGCUCACAACAAACGACACCCCCCAGCAGGACGGCAACAAUAACAACAAUAACAACAACAACAACGGCAACAAGCCGCGCAUGAACUUUGGCCGGAGCGGCCAGAACACGGUCGACGACCCGUACGACAGCGUGAUCCCGGACGAGGAAGCCGAGAAGUACACGUCGUCCAAGGAGCAGUUCGCGGACCUGCACAACCGGCUGCAGUCGGUCAACCACCACCUGUCGACCAUCUUCCGGUCGAUCGGGCAGAACGCCGGGGUGGGCGAGCAGCGGCACUCGGAGCUGUCGUCCAUGAUGGGCGAGCUCAAGGGCCUGAUGGGCCGGCUGGAGAAGGUGGACGUGAUGGAGCAGCGGCUGCGGGACAUCGAGACGGAGAUGCGCGGCAUGCGCACCGAGAUGGCCGGCCGCCUGCGCGAGUCGGAGAACGCCAUCAAGUACCACGUCAACGACAAGCACGAGACCCUCGCCGAGAACGUAAAGACCCACGCCAAGUCGGGCCACGCCCGCCUCAUCUGGGUCGUCAUCGGCAGCCAGUGCAUCCUCCUGGGCGCCUUUGCCUACUACAAGCGCAGGAAGACGUCGCCCAAGAAGUAUCUGUAG